AUGUUGUAUUAUGAGGGUCAUGGUAUUACCAGUACGGCCAAGGCGAUCAUCAUUGUGACCACAAUUCUAGGCGUCCUGGCUAUCUUUGCCGUUGCACUUCGCGUCUACGCCCGGAUAUAUUCCAAGCUCUACUUGGGUGCCGAUGACUGGACGAUUAUCCUCGCCCUGAUUCUUUCUUGCGGGAUUAGCAUUAUCAUCGACUACACAGAUGCUGUUACCGGCAUUGGAGACCCGGAGUAUCAGCCAACCAUGGAGGCUAUCAUAUUCGCAUUGAAGAUAAACUUCGCUUGCGAAAAUGCUCAAAUCGCCACUAUGGGGGUCAUCAAAGUCUCUUUGCUCUUCUUCUACCGGCGCAUCUUCGGCAUUUCCCGUCCGUUUGUCAUAGCGAGCAAUGUGCUCAUUGCGCUGAUCUCCAGCUUCACCUUGGCGAUUGUACUGGCUGUUAUCUUCUCAAAAUGGCCGGUCUACCUGCAAUGGGAUCCCACCGCCCCCUACGAUAUCAACGCCUCGGCGAUUCUUAUAUGCUACGUUGCCGGGAAUAGCUUGUUUGAUCUUCUGACACUGGCUCUUCCAAUCGCCGCUGUACAGAAAUUGCAGAUGGAUCAGUCAAAGAAGCUGUUUAUGUCUGUGAUCUUUAUCUUGGGAAGCACCUGCAUGGCGGCAUCACUCGUUCGACUGUACUACGCCGUUCAGUGGACUAAGGAGCCCGCGACUAUCAGUAGCAUGUUUGAGGUACCCUUCAUUUACAAUAUCCUCUGGGCCCUUCUCGAGCCACCCAUCUUUAUUGUCGUGGGCUCUAUGCUUACACUGGGACCUUUGCUCCGUAACUGGCGCGGACCCAAGCAAUGGAUUCGCCUGCUCAGUAGCAAGAAGGAGGGAUCGACGAAGUUCCACGAUUCGCGCAGCCUUCCCCAGUCACAUAUGCAGUCGGGAAGCUCUCAUCAGCGUGGGCCUGAGAAGAAAUUGACUCCAAGUACCUCAAGCGAGGUGGAACUCUUGGAGUCCAAAGGUAUAAUUAGUAGGGACACCAGACGCAAGGCUGACACCUCCACCCUCGACCCAGAAGAGGAGUGA